AUAAAUAUAUGCAAAGCAAACGUGCAUAGAUUUGUCCGUGUGAAAAGCUCAGAUGCUUCCUUCUCCCCCCGCCUUCUUCCUCUCUGCAUUUGUACAGGCACCCUCUCUUUAAAAAUCAUUUCUUUAUGAUUUUAAAGCUUGAACUUCGAAAUGUUGGGCAACACCUGAUUUAGAUAAAUCAAUUCUGGUGGUUGCUUGUGAAGUAAUCAGGGAACUAACUGCAUAAAUGGGGGGCGAUAAGCCGUCCAUUGGGUUACUGGACACCCUUAAUAUGGAGACAGUCCGGACGAUUUUAACCCAUCCGUACCCGUACCCCCACGAACACUCGCGACAUCUUUUCAUUGCUGUGGUUGUGGGCUGCUUGUUCUUUAUAUCGUCUGAUAAUAUCCACACUCUUGUCCAGAAACUAGACACCAACAUCAAAUGGUGGUCUAUUUAUGCCUGCUUGCUAGGAUUCUUUUACUUCUUUUCCUCUCCAUUCAUUGGGAAAACAAUUCGGCCUAACUAUUCGAAUUUCAGCCGAUGGUAUGUGUUUUUGAAGCUGCUACCACCAUUUUUCUCAUGUCAAAUUCACUGUUUUGUUUAGUUGUUCCAUCCGUCCCACUUUUUGUGUGUGUCUAAAAUAGAGUGGCAGAAACGUUAAGUAAGAGUUGAAUUGUGUGGCUGAUGUUGAUUUUGUGAGGUGUGAAUCAUACCAAGCAUAGUAUGUCACGUAAUUAGUGGGACGGGCGAUAAUGGUAAAAAGGGAGAAAAAUAGUGUGACGGAGGGAGUAAUAAAAAAGAAUCACUAGUAGGAACUUGUAUUUCUAAUUGCUUGCAGGUAUAUAGUCUGGAUAUUGGUUGCAGCACUUUAUCAUCUUCCCAGUUUUCAAUCAAUGGGAGUUGAUCUAAGGAUGAAUCUCUCUUUGUUUUUGACAAUAUACGUCUCGUCCAUCUCCUUUCUGCUUGUUUUCCAUCUCAUUUUUAUUGGGCUUUGGCAUCUUGGUCUUGUGGCUCGCGUGGCUAAAAGAAGGCCUGAAAUUCUUGCAAUAAUUCAAAAUUGCGCUGUUUUAAGUAUAGCCUGCUGUGUAUUUUAUAGCCACUGUGGCAACCUUGCUAUUGUGAGGGAAAAGACAUUUGACCGUAGAGAUUCUCUCUGGUUUUCUCUUUGGCGAAAGGGAGAGAGAAACACAUGGCUUGCAAAAUUUGUUCGACUGAGCGAGUUCAAAGAACAAGUUUGUAAAUCUUGGUUUGCACCUGUUGGCUCUGCCAGCGACUAUCCAUUUUUAUCUAAAUGGGUCAUAUAUGGAGAGUUGAGUUGUGGCGGUGCAUGUGCAGAAUCAUCAGAUGAAAUCUCCCCAAUAUAUUCUUUAUGGGCCACUUUUAUCGGCCUUUACAUUGCCAAUUAUGUUGUGGAAAGAUCAUCGGGAUGGGCCCUUUCUCACCCUCUAUCGCACAAAGAAUAUGAGAAGUUGAAAAAAAAGCAGAUGAAGCCCGAGUUUCUGGACAUGGUUCCUUGGUAUUCGGGGACAUCGGCGGAUUUGUUUAAGACAGUGUUUGACUUAAUAGUCUCAGUGACACUGUUUGUGGGACGUUUCGAUAUGCGCAUGAUGCAGGCGGCAAUGAGUGGAGUUCAAGAUGGGGCUAAACAGGAUGAUCUUCUGUAUGAUCAUUUCAGUGAAAAGGAUGACUUCUGGUUUGACUUUAUGGCUGAUACUGGUGAUGGUGGAAAUUCUUCAUAUACAGUGGCACACCUUCUUGCUCAACCUUCAUUAUUUGUCCAGAAUAAUGGCACUCUACUUAGGUUGCCCCGUGGGAAUCUUCUUCUCAUAGGUGGCGAUCUCGCGUAUCCAAAUCCAUCAGCUUUUACAUAUGAGAAACGCCUAUUUCGCCCCUUUGAGUACGCUCUUCAGCCACCAAUAUGGUACAAGGAAGAGCAUAUUGCUGUAAACAAGCCAGAACUGCCUCAUGGGAUUGCUGAAUUGAAGCAGUAUGAAGGACCUCAAUGUUUUGUCAUUCCUGGAAAUCAUGAUUGGUUUGAUGGACUUCAAACUUUCAUGAGGUACAUUUGUCACAAAAGCUGGCUAGGUGGUUGGUUUAUGCCUCAAAAGAAGAGCUAUUUUGCCCUUCAGCUGCCAAAAAGGUGGUGGGUAUUUGGUCUUGAUCUUGCACUCCACUGUGAUAUUGAUAUCUACCAAUUCAAGUUCUUCUCUGAAUUAGUAAGGGAUAAGGUUCGAGAGGAUGACUCUGUGAUCAUUAUGACACAUGAGCCUAAUUGGCUCAUUGAUUGGUACUGGAAUGACGUGACAGGGAAGAAUGUGUCCCACUUGAUACGUGAUCAUUUAAUGGGGAGGUGUAAACUGCGAGUUGCGGGGGAUUUGCACCAUUACAUGCAUCAUUCCUAUGUUCCCUCUGACCGGCCACCUUAUGUGCAACAUUUGCUUGUUAAUGGUUGUGGUGGGGCUUUUUUGCACCCUACACAUGUCUUCAGAAAUUUUGAAGAGUCCCACGGGACAUCUUACAAGUGCACAGCUUCUUACCCGUCGUUUGAAGAUUCAAGCCGGAUUGCAUUGGGGAAUAUAUUGAAGUUUCGAAAGAAAAAUUGGCAAUUUGAUAUCAUUGGAGGCUUCAUAUACUUCUUAUUAGCAUUUUCAAUGUUUCCCCAGUGUCAUUUAGACCACAUCUUAAAGGACAAUACCUUUUCGGGCCACGUAAGAAGCUUCUUUAGGGCAGUGUGGGAUUCCUUUAUAUACAUGUUGGACUGCUCAUACAUAUCAUUGGCGGGUGCUAUGUUCUUGUUAGUAGCUGCAAUAUCUUUUGUUCCCUCAAGAGUGUCUAGGAAAAGAAAAGUGAUCAUCGGGAUCCUUCACGUGUCUGCCCACUUAGCUGCAGCAUUAAUACUCAUGCUUCUGUUGGAAUUGGGUGUUCAGACAUGUAUUAAGCAUAAUCUCCUAGCAACAUCAGGUUAUCAUACUUUAUAUGAAUGGUAUAAGUACGUUGAGAACGAGCAUUUCCCGGACCCCACUGGUCUUAGGGCACGUAUUGAAAGAUGGACAUUUGGUCUCUAUCCAGCAUGCAUCAAAUAUCUCAUGUCCGCUUUUGAUGUACCCGAGGUAAUGGCGGUGACAAGGCAAGACAUAUGCAAGAAUGGGAUGGAUUCGCUACCCCGAGGGGGCGCUGUAAUAUACUACGCAUCUGUCUUUCUUUACUUUUGGGUUUUCUCAACUCCGGUGGUCUCUUUGAUUUUCGGGAGCUAUCUGUAUAUAUGUAUCAAUUGGCUCCACAUACAUUUCGAUGAAGCCUUUUCAUCCCUCCGUAUUGCGAACUACAAGUCCUUUACACGGUUUCACAUAAACGUCAAAGGGGACCUUGAAGUUUUCACUCUUGCAGUUGACAAGGUCCCAAAGAAGUGGAAGUUGGACACUAAUUGGGACGCAGAACAACAACAGCAGAAGAAGCCAAGUUACCUGUGGAGUUCCCCUAGCAAAUGGAGAGCAGCGUCACUACACCACGAUCCCCUUAACACCGUUCGGGUCGUUGACCAUUUUGUCAUCGAACAAACGGGAAAAGAAAAUCCGGGUUCCGCGGAUUUGACGAACGGGUCAAUAAUUGACUGACUUGUUCUGUUACUAGUUAGUGUUUGUUUUGUACAAAUGUGAUGUAGUUAGUUGGCAACUAAAUUGGUUCUUUAGAUGAACCAUUGAAUCCUAGGAUCUAGCUAGUUUUUUUUAAAGGAUGUUUCUUGAGUUUGUCUUUUUCUGUGUUGUAUGACUAGAAUCAGUCUGUUUUCCCACAUUUACACAAAUUUGGGAGGAGGGCUAAUACAUUCUCUACAAUAAUUAAAAUACUAGUGUGGGU